AGCAAUGUUGUAUGGAUGUUGAAAAGUGUGACAUUUAGAAAGUGAAACUUGUUUGUGACCCUAUUCCUGGAAGGAAAUCAGAAAUACAGAAAGUCAACAUCACACUACACUAAAGUCAUACAUAGAUAGUCACCCAUGGAGAUUAUCAUAUUGUUAUCCUUACUUUACAUGUACACCAGGUGUAGAGCGUGGCAUACAGGUUUCUACCACACCGAGACUAACAGAUACAGAAAACCCCCAAAACCAAAUAGGUUGAAAGUGAUUCCUAAUUCAUGAAAACAAGGCAUUAACACCAAUAGGUGCUGAACAACUUUACCAAUGGCAGACUCAUCAACAGUGAUGGCACAGACAGUCUGUCAGAAUGAAGUAACUACUUCUAGUAGUCAAAAUCACCAGAGUGUCAUUGACAGUAUUAGGAACAAACCAACAUACUGUCUCAGACACACAGCCAGGGAGGUUUCAUUGUUCUGUAGAACAUGUGACAGGCUUGCUUGUGCUUCCUGUAUUAUAGAUGGUAACCAUAGUGACCAUAAGUUCUGUGAAAUAGACCAUGUCACAAAAGAAAAGCAAGUCCAACUCAGGAACGAGGUGAACAACAGAGGAAAAGAAAUGUGUGAACAAGUUCAAAACAGUAUCACCCACAUGGAACAGGAAAAAGAAUCUGUGACAGAAAAAUGCACAAAUUUAUCGGAGAAUAUUGCCAAACAAAAGGUAACCCUGAUAGAAGAGAUAGAAACCUGGAGUCAGGGUUUACAGACAACGGUGACAGAUCAUAAAACAGUGAAAGUUAGCUGUCUGAACGACCGACUUGUACAGUCAGAUAUGUGUCUCUCACUUCUCAAAGUAUUUCAACAACAUCCUGAGUCUGUAGAUACUUGUGAUGGCACAAAAUCAAUUCAGGCUUUGGAAAUUCUGGACAGUAUCACAAAUCCCCCUAAAAUAUGGGAGGAAACACCAUUGAGUUUCCUUCCAGGGUCAGGAUUCUGUGAAGGAAACAUGCAGACUUUAUUCGGAAGUCUAGCUGGAACGACUUGUGAAACGUCAGUUUCUGUUAACACAUGUUCAGAGGAUAUACCACAGGGAAACAGUGUUGUCGUGGACACAGAUGAAGCUGUUGACAGUGACCAGGAUUCUACAGAUGAAGAGAGUUCAUAUGAAGAAGUAGACUCGGAAACAAUGUACAAAUGUACCAAGUCUCCAAUAGACAGAAUAGCCCCUGUAGAUGUGAACAGUGCUUUCAUUGUGAUAAAAAAGAAACUGUAUCUUGUGGACUUUAGCAAACACAAAGGAUAUAUUGAGAAUGAAGAACCACUUAUGACAGGUGUUGUCCACAUCACUCCUGUCACAGAGAAAGGAAUUUAUGUACAACAGCAAGGAAAUCGUCUUUUGGCCAGAGUUACAACGACAGGUAAAGUGUAUCGCUUUAUUGACUGUGGAGAUGAUACUUUGAGAUGUGUAGGACUGUCGCACUCUGGACAAGUGAUCAUGUGUGCAGAAAGAUACAUCAGUGAAAUGGAAGGUAACACAUCUUUUAUAAAGAUAAUCAGAAGUUUUGAUGAAUACAAUGAAAAUGGAGUCAAUAUCAGAAGUCUAAUAGAGAUAAAAAAAAAAGCACACUAUCUCCAUUUUCAUCCACAGGAUUUUCAUGACAUUGUCAUGACAAAUUCUGCCCUGUACAUACUUAAUUCAACCCUAUAUAUCCCUGACAAGCCAACUACAACAGGAAGUGUGAUUAAUGUACUAAAAGAUAUCACAUAUAAAGGAGCAAUAGGGAGAGACCCAGCAAGUCGGUUCCACCCCCGAGGAAUGUGUCAGGACAAAGAUGGCUGCCUCGUUGUCACAGACUACUGGAACCAUGCCCUACACCUGCUCACCCCCGAGGGAAAAUUCAGUAAAUUUCUGAUGAGAGAAGAGGAUGGACUGAUGUUCCCAACUGCUGUUGCCAUUGACAACUACAGACACCUGUGGAUUGGUCAGCGUGAUGGAAAAGUCCACAUUAUCAAGUACAUUCCAUGAAUCUCUCAGUCCACUUUGGAAAUGCUUUGCUCAGGGAGGACCUGACCCUGAUCAAAACCUGUAACAACUAUACAUGUAUCUGUGCUCUGCAUCCCAGACUGUGUUACAAACAGCUGAAUUGUACAAAUGUAAAUUAUAAUUGUAACAUAUUAACUAGUACACUUAAAAAGCUACAAAUGAUAAAAAUUAUUGGCUUGCAUUCAUUUCAAAAUAAACAUAUGUGUAUGCAGUAUUUGUUUGAGAUGUAUACAUUUUACUGCA